CACACAUGCUCAGCGCGCGCAGGGAAACGCGCCAGAUGUUACUUAUACUCUGCACGUGCUGGGAAAACCGGACCGUAAUGGCACGCGCGUUCAUUCCUAACCCAGCCUAGAUUCAAAUGAUGACAACAACAAUUAGUAUUAUUAUGUAAACAAUUCUAGGUGCGUUUAUUAAAGGCGAGGCCGUCAUGGUGCACACCGUGAUCUGCGUGAACGGAUGAUGACACCGACCGCGACGUCACGAGACCGUUAUGGUGACUCCGUAAAAGCCAGAGGAACACAGUUGCACACUCAGGAUCAAGUCCUCAGAGGUUAAUACAGUAUGCUGAUGACAUCCUUGCCACACAACAGAAUUUGAAUUAUGGGUAACGUGGAGAGCCAGUAUGGCAGCCACAGUUUCUAUGGCGACCGUGAACGACAGCUGUCACGGAAGCGAGUGUCCCGAUCGUUGCGUCUAUCGGGGAAGCAGUCGUACCGGAGAAAACCCGAGCACCGUAACUCGGAGACAAGCACACGCUCCAGCAGCACUCCCAGCAUCCCACAGUCGCUUGCUGAGCAUGGCCUGGAGCCGUUUGACGACGCUGAUGCACUGCCGCACUUCAGCUCCCCCAUCUGGGUGGACCGGGUGGCUAUGAAUCUGCGGCCUAUGAGCUUCCACAAGGAUUCAGCUCACGAGCCGUGUAACAACACUUCGGCUGACAUUCCUGCUGUUGAUGCUGACAAUGAGCAAAGUACGCAGGACACCUCCAAGCCGCCAGAUGGCGCCGGUUCUUUCAAGAAAAAGCGUUCCAAAUCUGCAGACGUUUGGAGAGAUGACUCUUUGGAGGUAUCUCUGUCUGAUGCAAGUCUGGAGCGCUUAACAAGCACAGAAGAUCUCACGGACAAUGCUAACAUCACUGAUGUCACCCGUGCUAACUCGCUGGGUGAGCUUUACACACCGCAGAGCUACGCCAAGAAACGCCACAAGGGUGGAGCUGUAUGCAGAGACAGUUUGGAGGACAAGAUGCUGUCUCCAUGCGAGGAUGAUGGUGCCACCUAUGGAGCUUUCACACUGCCCUGCCGCCGAUCUCAUUGUCUGUCAGAAGGUUUGACCAGUCACCAGGCAGCAAUGCCAGGGAGGCGGGCACAAACCAUCCAAGACGUGACAGUAGGGGACAUCAUUGAGCUGGAGGACAGCGGGAUCGAUGGCUUGAUUGGAGACGGUGGUGUGUGUGAGCUCCCGUCUCGCCGUUACAAGGCCCUGUCUGUGUACUCCACACCAGCAGGGGGCAGUGGAGACACACCUGACUCCGGCGUGCAGGGCGUGUACGAGAACUUCCGGCAGGAGCUGGAGAAGAGCGGCUGCAGGGCAGAGACUCCGGAGGAAGGGGCGUCGGCUCUAAGUGACGAACUGAGCUCGGCCAAUCAGACGGAGGCACUUGCCGGUGUGACCGAAGGCUGCGUACGCAAAGCCGGCCGUCUUAAUGUGAAAAACCUGCUCGUGCACAAGAAGAACAAGAAGGUGGAGCUCGCUGCUCGUCGCAAGUGGAAGAGCUACUGGGUCUCGCUAAAAGGAUGCACUCUGUUUUUCUAUGAGACGGACGGGCGUUCGGGAAUCGAUCACACCAGCAUCCCAAAGCAUGCCGUCUGGGCGGAAAACAGCAUCGCACAGGCCGUUCCUGAGCACCCGAAAAAAGAUUUUGUCUUCUGCCUCAGCAACUCAAUGGGAGACUCCUACCUUUUCCAGACAUGUAGUCAGACAGAGGUGGAGAACUGGGUGACAGCGAUCCACUCUGCAUGCGCGGCCGCCGUUGCUCGGCAACAUCACCGCGAUGACACGGUACGCUUCCUGCGCUCCGAGAUCCGAAAACUGGAGCAGAAGAUCGACAUGGAUGAGAAGAUGAAGAAGAUGGGAGACAUGCAGCUGGCCUCCGUCACCGAUACCAAGAAGAGGAAAACCAUUCUGGAACAGAUCUCAGUGUGGGAGCAGAAUCUGGAGUGUUAUAACGUGGACUUGUUCCGAUUGAGGUGUUAUUUUUGCAGCCUGCAGGGAGAGGAGCUGCCCAAUCCGAAGCCUCUUCUCUCAGUGGCCUCACGCUCUACCAAACUCUCCAUGGGACGUCUCGGCUUCUCGGUGUCUUCCUUCCACGCUCUGGUGGCAGCACGUACAGAAAGUGGUGUUCGGAGGAGAGCACACGCCAUGUCACACUCCACUGGCAAGCGAAAAAGUCGCUUCUCCUCACUGUGGGGACUGGAGACGAACUCAAAGAGGAAAAUACACACCCACACACACCCCAGCAUUGAGCAGGUGUUUGCAGAAGGGGAGGAGUCAGUGAAGAGAGAUCUGGAGGGAAUGAUGGAGGAAUCUUCAAGAGGAAAUGUGAAAGACGAGCAGGUGUGUGUGACGGGCAUGGUGAAGGACCGCCUCACGCCCUCCUGGGUGUGUUUGCCCGACGGUCGUCCCAUUCUCACCGUAAUACGGCCUGGAGAGUCAGCACUCGACACACUCGAGAUCAUCUGCAAGGCUCAUGAUUUGGACUCAACCAAACAUUACCUGCGUUUAAAGUUCCUGAUUGAGACACAGGUGCAGUUCUACAUCCCCAAGCCAGAGGAAGACGUAUACGACCUGCUCUACAAGGAGAUCGAGCUCUGCUCGAAGAUUAAGAAAGUCAUUCAGUUUGACAGGGAUGAGUCCUGCAUGAUCGGCUAUGGUUUCUCGAUCUCUAUGGUGGAGGACGACAGCGUGCAGCAGCUCUACAUUACGGACGUAAAAGCAGGAGGAUUAGCGUUUGCCAAAGGUUUGAAUGCGGGCGAUGAGAUCCUACAACUGAAUGGAAAAAACUCCAGCACAUUGACAUUCUCCGAUAUGAAGACGGCAUUCUCUCAGGCAUCUCUCUCACUCACUGUGAACACACUGCCCCUGGUGGACCGAAGACAACACUGUUUCCUGCCCCCAAGACGCUCUGAUGCUGUCCAGCAACUCUACACCGACAUCUUCUCCCAGAACCAGGAGGACAUUCUGGAUGAUGGAGUUGGGCUCAUAUCAGAGACGUCUGGGGACAGCCUGGACGAUGACGCCGAGCUCUUUAGCGAGUACAGGGACUAUGAAAAGAGCACAGAGCAGGUCGCUGCUUUUUGCCGAAGUCUUCAUGAGAUGAGCCCUUCGUCGGAAGCAGCUUCGGCUUCGUCCUCUUCCUCACUUCCUCGUCAGCUCUCAGAUGCGGACAAACUGCGCAAGGUCAUCUGUGAGCUCGUGGAGACCGAGCGCACCUACGUUAAGGAUUUGAAUUGUCUUAUUGGGAGAUAUUUGACUCCUCUGCAGAAGGAAAGCUUCCUCACCCAGGAUGAGCUGGACGUGUUGUUCGGGAACCUUCCGGAGAUGCUGGAGUUUCAGGUGGAGUUUUUGCGCACGCUGGAGGACGGAACGCGACUCGUCCCUGACCUGGAGAAACUGGAGCAAGUCGAUCAAUUCAAGAAAAUACUCUUCUCUCUCGGCGGUUCGUUCCUUUAUUACGCCGAUCGCUUUAAGAUCUACAGCGCAUUCUGUGCGAGUCACACUAAAGUCCCCAAAGUCCUGGUGAAAGCAAAGACGGACCCGGACUUUAAGGCGUUCCUGGACGAGAGGAACCCGAAGCAGCAGCACUCGUCCACGCUCGAGUCAUAUCUGAUUAAACCCAUCCAGAGAGUGCUGAAGUACCCACUGCUGCUGCGUGAGCUUUACACACUCACUGACCCCGAGAGCGAGGAGCACUACCACUUGGAUGUGGCAGUGAAGGCCAUGAAUAAAGUAGCCAGCCACAUUAACGAGAUGCAGAAGCUCCAUGAGGAAUUUGGCGCUGUGUUCGACCAGCUCAUCUCAGAACAGUCCGGCAGUAAGAAAGAGGUAGCUGAUCUUUCGAUGGGAGACCUGCUGCUACACACCACUCUGAUUUGGCUCAAUCCUUCCUCAUCUCUGGGAAAAUGGAAGAAGGAGCCACAACUCGCCACCUUCGUGUUUAAAACAGCCGUCGUUUUUGUCUGCAAAGACGGCUCCAAACAAAAGAAGAAAAUGGGUGGGUCACAACGGGCAUCGGUAUCAGGUGAAGACAGAGACCCGUUCCGUUUCCGUCACAUGAUCUCCACUGACGCCCUUCAAGUUCGAACCCUGACUGGUGCAGAUGGUGACAGCGCUGCGGUGUGUGAGAUCAUCCAUGUGAAAUCGGAGUCGGAAGGAAGGCCUGAGAGAGUGUUUCACCUGUGUUGCAGUUCUCCCGAAAGCAAGAAGGACUUCCUGAAGACAGUGCAUUCCAUUUUAAGAGACAAACAGAGACGGCAGCUGAUGAAGACAGAAAGUCUUCCUCCUAGCCAGCAGUACGUGCCGUUUGGAGGGAAACGUCUGUGCGCUCUGAAAGGAGCUAGACCCACGAUGAACCGAGCAGCCUCUGCUCCAACGCGUACUUUGGGUCGGCGCAAGCUAGUGCGAAACCGCUUCACCAUCGACACGGACAUCGUGUUUGACACCGACGCCGACUCGCCAGACUCCCAGGCUUCCCUGCAGCCAGGCGACACAGACCGCUGGGUGGAGGAGCAGUUCGACCUGCAGCGCUACGAGGAGCAAGAGCAAGCAAAAGAGACGGAUUUACUGAGUGAUGAGGACGGUGACGACGAAGACCUCAGCCAGGACCUAGACGGACCCGUGUCGGCCAUGUCACUGGAGGACGAAGAAGAGGAAACUAAAACUGAAGGCAAAGACUGCAAAUCCCAGCAUGCUUUGAGGCUGUCCCAUCUUGGGAAGCAGUGCGCCAUGUCGGUGGCCAGCGUAGACGAGCAGUCGGUUAUUGCCGAUGAGAACGUGUGGGUGCGACGGGAGAUGAGCAGUACUGACAGUGAUACACAGAACGAGUCACAGAGCUGAAGACUAGCUCACGUUUCAUUAUUACACGAGAACAGCGUUUAGUUCGAACACCAUACAGUAAUAUAGAGCUCGCGUAGGGAUGGCUGACCGGAAUUCGGACAGAAACAAAAAAGAGUCAGAAACGUAACGACCAGACUUUAGAUACUUCAAAGGAAAUACAAAACCACUAAAUACAUCGGGCAAGUGCUAAUCCCUAUUGAGCAGCACAGUCUUACUCUUGUGCUGCAAGUGCACACUUACAUUACUCUUUCUAGAGGAAACCCAUCGAGCGCAGAGAUUCUCUCCAGCACCACAAAUAUACAGUAGGUGAUAGAUCUAAUACCUAAACGCUCUCUUAACUAGCACUCUGGACAUGAGAUUACUUCAGCCGUGUCAAGACACUUUCAGUUAUUUCAGGCGUCGUCUUCAAAUUUACACCACCCAAACAGUAGGUGAGAUGGAAUGUGAAAUAUCUAACCAGUACCGGCUUUAUGUGUGAAAUGUACAAUAACAAAACGUACAACCAUAAAAACACUGAGACGACAUCGUGCGACGUUGGCCAAUUAAUACCAUGUUUUUGUUUGAAAAACAUUCUCAAUGGAUUGACUACUGAUUUGACUGUAGGUGUGAAUGUAUGCGCAUGGUGACCUGAGGGUGUAUUUCCACCACACACCCAGGCUUCCUGGGUGAAGCUCCCUGAUCAUGAUAUGGAAGAUAAUAAUAAUAAUAAUAAUAAUAAUAAUAAUAAUAGUACUAUUGCAUUCCGUUUAUAUAGCACCUUUCCAACGCGCAAGGUUACUUCAUAAUGGCGAUUCUCAAUCUAUUCCAGAUUGAUUCCUAUGUAACCGUAUUUCUACGACUUAAGGGAGGACUUCCAGAACGUGUUUUUAUUUGCGACUUUCAGAGUAUAACCAGUUGCUUGCUUCCUUACCAAGUACCGAUAGCGAAAUUGUCCCCUUGUGACCAUGUCCUCAUGUGUUCAGGCUAUAAAAUAGCCCCUGCUAUAUCACGUGCAUACUCUGGCCGUUCUCGUCAAUCCUGGUGACCCAGGUUGCCAUGUGGUCCAGAACAAAAUGAAGUAGAACCUAAUCUAACCUCGGUUCUACAACAGACCAGAAAAUCGUUAAAAGGCGAUGAAAGGAUCACAGAGCUACAGUGUACUCGGCAUCUUGAAUCCUCCACAAGACGAGAAGGGAAAGAGGAUGAGCUUGACGUAACGGGGACCUUUUAUAGGCUGCAUAGUCACACUCUUUGUACCGGACAAACGGGAAUACUCGACUAGCUCCUCUGGUAGUUCUUUCAGUCUUAAAUCUUUGGUGACACACGUAACCUUCCAUUUUUCUUCCUUUCAUUACAGACCACCAGGUCGGUUGUUUUUGAAAUUGAUCUCACGGUCAAAGGUGAUGACUUUGCUAUUAGUUCUCAUUAUGUACAUGAGAAUACUCCCCUAGUACUGAAGGAAACUGCCUGGAAGUCCAGAACUAAAGGCAGCAGAACUGAUUUCUUUUGCAAUUUUUUUUUGUAUUUUUGUUUUACCAAAAUCAUUUUAAACAAGGUGGCUUGUGUUUGGUGAUAUCGUUUUAGAGCGCUAUUAGGGUGGGCGAGUACACUGAUCACUGAUGUGUGAUUACCCGGAGGAAGGGGAUGAUGGAAAAACAAAACAGUGUUGUUGUGAUGUCUUCCUUAUUAGCGAGCAAGUUACCAGAGCAUGUUAGCAGAAUCAGAGAGAAUCGUUUACGAUCGGCUACGCUACUUUGGAGCGCUGGAUUUGUACCGGAACUUCUGAAUCGUCAGUAAUAUGGUGGCAUUGUGACGUGAAGGUCCAAAAGUUCAUUAGAUCAUCAAUCUUACUUGGGGGAAACUUUCACCUCAGAGGUAGUGUUGUUUUUUUUUUUGUUUUUUUUUUGCACAUGCUACAAUUUCAGCACAGCCUGGAAAAUCUGAAACAGUUCAGCGAUCAGUGAUGGACAGGAAUGCUACAGUCACACAAUCGUAUGUCACAGGAUGCCGGGAUAACACACUCAUGCACCCGUGCUUUUUCCACUACGGUCUCUAAAAGACUCUCGUGUGUGGGUGCUGUGUUCCUUCAUACACUCAGUAUAUUUAUUUAGUUACUACACAAGUCCCCAGUCUCUCCAUGUUCGUUUUUUUAAUUCUAUAUGUUCAGUUUGUCUCAAGCACUUAUGCUUUUUAUUUAUUGCGUCGAUCUAAAGUAUAGUUAUUAUUAGCCUUCUAAAUAUUAUACUAAUUCUAAUAACGUGUACAGACUUGUUUUAGUAAGAGCAGCGCUUUCUUUCUUUUCUUUUUCUUUUUUUUUUUUUAUUUUUAUUUUUUAAAGUUGUACAUAUUUGCAUUCUUUUCCAAGUGUUUUAAAAAUGUAAUUAUUUUUUUCAUUUUGAAGAAAAUGAUCAGGAUUGAACCAUUUUGUACAUAUGUACAUAUACGGUAUAUACAUAAGUACACGUAUACACGUAAGGUAAAGGUGUAGGGGAUAACCAUCCAAGGAAAUGCAUCACGUUAUCUACUUCCAACGGCACAUUUCCAAAGAAAACAACAUAUAAAGUCGGUUUUAAGGUAUAUUUCUGCUAGCUAGAAACGCUCCAAAAUGCAACAUUGAUGCUAAUUUAGCCAGUCUGAGCAACGUAACCUGAACGGCACGAGUUUUAUUUUCGCCUGUAGGUGUGUUCUAGCAGGCCCCGCCCCUUGUUUAAUUCGACUCGAACAGCCACAGAGCUACGGGUGUAAAAAUAUCACUAGAAUACCGAACGUCACUGGUUUAUCUACAGCGAUAACACGUGUUCCUAACAAUUUCGUGCUCAGUACUGACAUGUCUGUGUUCGAUUUAUGAACCCAGUGCGAGGACGCGAGGAAAUAAAUUCUCAACGCUGUGAUAACGUACAGUACAACAAUCAUUAGGUGUAGCAGUCUGGUAAAACCCUACACAUGGUGAACUCUUGCCAUGUCCUCCUAUAAAGAAGUAAAGCUCUAGGUGAACAAUGUCACGAACCUUGAGAUGGUACGGAAGCAGGCGCGGGAGGCGAGUGAACCGAGUAGAGUCGGGAAGUUCCGGAAGCGUAGUCGUAGAGUCAGCAAGGGUCAAGCGAUCGGGCGAACAAUCCAAAUGGGGAUAUCCAGAUAACGUAGUCGAGACGAGAAGCGAGGGUCGAAGAUCAUAAGAAACAAUGAACUAGAAGAGCUUGGUAACGCAGCAAACUAAGUUACUGAGCGUAUACUUCGCGCAGAUCCCGGGUGGAUGUCCUUCCUAAGUACUAGUUUGUGUGUGUGUGUGAUUGGUGCCAGGUGUGUCUGAUCAGAACUCCGGGGAUGGUGAGCGCAUGCGUGCCUGAGAAGUGAGCAUUGCAUCUUGGGAAUUCGAGUUCUGAUCGGACCGCGCUGUGACAGAACCCCCCCCCAAAGGGCUCACUGCGGGAGCCGAGUUCUUUCUUGGCCUCCCCCGGGAUCGUGGACCUGGGAGAUGAGGAUGAGUGACGUGAAAGUCCUUGGUGAGCUGUGGAUCCAGUAUAUCCUGUUUGGGCACCCAGCACUGUUCCUCCGGUCCGUAACCCUCCCACUCGACCAAAUACUCCAGUUGCCCCUCCUGUGUCUAGAUUUGAGGAUGUUUUUGACGCGGUAAGCCGGUUGUCCAUCAAUCUCCAGAGGAUUCGGAGGAGUCUCAGCUGGUACUUCGGUGGCUAGAGGACCGUUAACAACAGGUUUGAGACGUGAUACGUGGAAUGAAGGGGAGAUGCGGCUGUGCCGUGGCAGUUCCAGACGGUAGAUGACCUCAUUGACCCGCUUGAGGAUCUUGAAUGGUCCAGUAUACCUUGGCGCUAGUUUUUUACAACUGUGGGCUUGUCUCAAGUCUCUUGUGGACAACCAUACCCGGUCGCCUGGUUGGUAGUUAGGGUGUUCUUUGCGGCGGCGAUCUGCCUUGUGUUUAUACGUCUCUGUCGUCUCCUUCAGGCGUCGAUGGGUGUCAGCCCAGACACGCUCACUACGUUUGAACCAGUGGUCAACGGCCGGAGCUGCGGUGGGGGUUGCGU